CCUACAGAGAAAACCCGCAAUCAGAAUGCAAAUGCACGCAAUAUGCAUCGGCAACAACCCUCAAAAGACCACCGGCGCAUGGCAAACCCAAAUAUAUCCCGUAAAGAAUCAGGAAAAGACUUGGCUUGCCUUGAAAAGGCAGUGUUGAAUCACAAAAAUGAGCAAUUUGGGCCUGUUUCUGGCCAAACUGAGGUCCUUAACGGCCAGCCUGACACGGCAAGUGCAUUCUGUAAAGAACCAGGAAAGAAGGAUUUGGCUUGUGUUGAAAAGACAGUGGUGAACCACAAUAAUGAGCAAUUUGGGCCUGAACCCGGUAUUGGCUCAUGUAGCAAACUAUCUAGCACUUCAAUAGUCGCAGUUAAUCGGGAUCAAAUUAAGACAGUGGAAGAAGCUCCUCAUAAGGAUAACUUAAACACUUUGGAAUCUAAGGUUAAUGAUGUUUAUAGAAUUAAGUGGGGGAAUCUCGAUAGUGAUGUUAUUCCUCCAUGUAAGAAUCUGGGGAAUUCCAUUGAAACAGUUGCAAAGACUAUUGAUGUAUCUGGGGAUUCCAUAAGGUGUUUUAAUGUUUCAAAUUCUUCUUUGGAGGGUAAUACCUCACAUUCCAUUGAAAAUUCUUCUGAAAAGAUGAUCAUAACCAAUGCAAAUGGCCCAAAGAAGAUUGAUGAUGCUGCUCCUUUAAGUGCUUCUAGGAAGUGUUGCAUUUCUGAUUUUGAGCAUGUUGAAUCCAUCAGUAGCAAAGUUCCAGAUGGUUUUGACAUUCUACCAGUUGAAAGUUCUUAUUCAUUUGCCAUUGGUAAAUCGGUAGUCAUGUCUGAAGCUAUUACUUGUAUUGCUGGAAAGACCCAAGAAGCAAGACCCAAAGAAGAAGCUAUUAUUAGUAUUUCUGGAGAGAUUCAAGAAGAAACACCCAAAGAAGCCAUUAUUGUUAUUUCUGAAGAGACCCAAGGAGGAAAACAUAAAGAAAAAGCCAUUACUACUACAUUUGGAGAGACCCAAGAAGAAAAACUCAAAGAAGAAGCUAUUACUUGUAGGUUCGGCGAGACCCAAGACAAAAAACCGAAAGAAGAAGCCUCGACUAGCAUUUAUGGAGAAACCCAAAAAGAAAAACCCAAAGCAUCUAUUAGUAGUAUAUCUGGAAAGAGCCAAGAAGAAAAACCUAAAGAGGAAGCUCUUACUAGCAUUUCUGCAAGGACCCAUAAAGAAGAAAAUAAUAAUAUUCAUGAGGAUAUUGCUGUGGAUGUUACUGAGAAAUUAGAAGUUUCUGAGGAUGGUGUUGUAGAUGUCAAGAAAUUAGAAACGAUGAAUCCCGAAUCUGUUAGUAAUGUUUUUAAGCUUACCCAAAAGGAUAAUAAUUGUAGCAUUCGAGAAGAUGCUUCCAUGGAAAUUCCUGAUGUAGAAGUGAGUAAGGACUCCAAACAACUUGCUAGUGAUGUCAAUGAAGUAGAAGAUGCUUCAGUUUGUGUUGAAAAUCAAAGACCUAAGGAAUUGUUGGACACACAAAUGAUGGAUGGUCUUGGUGAUGGUGAAGCUGGUGAAAGCAAAGAAAGGUUUAGGCAACGGCUUUGGUGCUUUCUCUUCGAGAAUCUGAACAGAGCGGUUGAUGAACUUUAUCUUUUAUGUGAGCUAGAAUGUGAUAAGGAGCAAAUGGCAGAGGCUAUACUUGUUCUAGAAGAAGCUUCAUCUGAUUUUAGAGAAUUGAAGUCUCGGGUGGAAGUGUUUGAGAGCUCAAAGAAGAUCCCUUCUCAGUCUUCAUCUCGCGGGCCUCCUGCAAAUGUGAAGGCUGAUCACCGAAGACCUCAUGCCCUUUCUUGGGAGGUGCGCAGAAUGUCUAACUCACCUCAAAGGGCAGAAAUACUGUCUUCAUCUCUUGAGGCCUUCAAAAAGAUUCAAGAGGAAAGAGCCAGAAGGCCACCAACACAUGAUGGAAAAGGGAUUCAGUCUAAGGAUCCAAACCUUUUGCAAGUCAAUAAGGAUCCUCAGAGGAAUUAUCCUGAAAAAAGCGACACAAUGCCAAGUGCGAGAGAAGUAAGGUUGAGAAAACAGUCCUCUGUUCCUUCAGAUUAUGUGCAAGGAAGUUCAGUGGGAGAGAAACGGCUCUCUAAAUCAUCCCAUAUUUCGCUGUUACCUGUGAAGGAUGGCCCCUUAGCUCUUGAUGCUAGCAAAAGCAAGCAGGAAUCUACUGGGUCGGUUCCUGAAAUGGAGAAGUUGGUUCCUAAGAGGGAUAAAGCAUCGAUUGACAAUCGAGUUGACAAAGGCUCCAAACCUGUUGAUUCACUGAAGAGGCAGGUAACUGACAAAGAAAAGGAGAAGGAAAAGAAGUCCCCAACACCAUGGAAAUCAAUGGAUGCAUGGAAGGAACAAAGGAACUGGCAAGAUAUUUUGUCUUCUCCUAUGAGUAGCACUGCUAGGGUUUCAUAUUCCCCUGGCCUCGGAAGAAGAAGUGCUGAUGCUCGUGCUAAGGUUUUGCACAAUAAAUUGAUGUCUCCCGAGAGGAAGAAGAGGAGUGCUUUGGACAUGAAGAGAGAAGCAGAGGAAAAGCAUACCCGUGCAAUGAGAAUUAGAGCAGAGUUAGAGAAUGAGAGAGUCCAAAGACUUCAACGAACGUCUGAGAAAUUGAAUCGAGUCAAUGAGUGGCAGGCGGUGCGAAGCACCAAACUAAGAGAAGGAAUGCAUGCUAGACAUCAACGUAGCGAAUCUCGACAUGAAGCCUAUCUCGCCCAAGUUGUGAGAAGAGCCGGCGAUGAAAGCAGUAAGGUUAAUGAGGUUCGAUUCAUUACUUCACUUAAUGAGGAGAACAAAAAACUUAUGCUUCGCCAAAAGCUUCAAGACUCGGAAAUGAGGAGAGCCGAGAAGCUUCAGAUUAUUAAGACCAAGCAAAAAGAAGACAUGGCAAGAGAGGAGGCUGUGUUGGAAAGGAGAAAACUUCUUGAGGCUGAGAAGCUGCAGCGUAUUGCCGAAACCCAACGUAAAAAAGAGGAGGCGCAAGUGAGGAGGGAGGAGGAACGAAGGGCCACAAGUGCGGCUCGUGAAGCAAGGACAGUGGAGCAACUUAGGAGGAAGGAAGUUAGGGCAAAAGCCCAACAAGAGGAAGCGGAACUUUUAGCUCAAAAAUUGGAGGAAAGACUUAGAGAGAGUGAGCUGCGUCGAAAAUUUUACUUCGAGCAGAUUAGAGAGAGAGCCUCUAUGGAUUAUAGAGACCAAUCUCCUUCACUUAGGCGUUCUUCCAUUAAGGAGGGACAAAGCAGAUCGAAUGGAGCUGGGGAAGAUUAUCCAGUGAACUGUGUUGGUUCUACACUUGGGUUUGGUAAUGCAUCACAGCAGCAGCCUUUGAGGAGAAGGAUUAAAAAGAUUAGGCAAAGGCUUAUGGCUCUGAAGUCUGAAUUUGUUGAACCCCCAGUAGGUGUUGAGAGUGGAGGAAUUGGCUCUAGAGCUCAAGCAGGAUCUGCAAGAGCAAAGAUUGGGAGAUGGCUUCAGGACCUUCAAAGGCUUCGACAAGCAAGAAAAGAAGGGACAGCAAGCAUCGGAUUGAUUGUGGGAGAUAUGAUUAAGUUCUUGGAGAACAAAGAACCGGAGCUUCAUGCGUGUCGCCAAUCUGGAUUGCUGGAUUUUAUAGCUGCUGCGUUGCCUGCUUCGCACACUUCAAAGCCUGAAGCAGGCCAGGUGACUUUAUAUCUUUUGCAACUUCUAAAAGUGGUUUUAUCUUUGUCAGCAAAUCGAGGUUAUUUUCUCUCUCAAAAUCUUUUGCCCCCAAUUAUUCCUAUGCUUUCUACCGCUCUUGAAAACUACAUCAAGAUCACAGCAUCUUCUAAUUCUAAUGGGAGCAUGGCAAACUCACUUGGAAGCAAAACUUCAGCUGAGAAUUUGGAUUCUGUUGCUGUUGUAUUGGAUGGGUUCUUAUGGUCGGUUACAAUCAUUAUGGAGCAUGCAUUUUCUGAUGAAAACCAUCUUCAGAUGCGGGAUGGUUUGAUGGAACUGAUAAUUUCCUACCAAGUCGUUCAUCGUCUCCGUGAUCUGUUCUCCCUUUUUGAUAGGCCCCAAGUUGAAGGAUCCCCAUUUCCUUAUCCCAUACUUUCGAGCUUGAACUUGUUGGCAAUUUUGACAACCAGGUCAAGAACCAUUUCUUCUAUCAAUUGGGAAGCUUAUUCGUUGAAAAUAAUAACAGCAGAUCAGGUACAUGAAACUAAUGUUGCACAAAGCUCAGAGCCAAAUUCGGGGUCUUCCUCCUCUGAAAUGAAAAGUUAUGUUGAAGACUUACCAGGCUAUUUGCCUCCCACAAUUGUAAAAGAACAGCCAAAUGAAUGUGAAAAUUUGUCACCCAAAAAUGUCACUUCACUUGUUGAGCCCGCCGUUAAAGAAGAUAGAUUUGGGGAAAUUCCAACUGAUAUUCAGAGUAACUUGCAAGCUGAUGUGGAAGUGUUGCCUAUGGCUUCAACGGUUGCAGACGUCGGGGAUACGACCCAUAAUUUAGUAAAGGAAGAAUAUUCAGGGCCCAACAUUCCUCAGAAGAAUGAGAAGAAUACUGUAUGUUUUGCUGGAGAGCCUGAUGACCAUUCUCAACAAACUAACAAUAAUGGACAAGAAGCAAGCUUGAAGCAGCCAACUGAAUAUCUUGUCUCUGUGUUCGCUGAAACAGGCCUUGUCAGCCUUCUUUCACUGUUAACUGGUGUUCUAUUGCAGGCUAACAAUAAGCAAUCAUCUGAACAGGCAGCAUACACCCUUCCAUUGAAUUUUGAAGAGACAGCAAUUGGGGUAUUGAGGGUGUUGAAUAACUUGGCUCUCUUGGAUUUGCCUCUUCUGCAGAAGAUGCUUGCUCGGCCAGAUUUGCAGAUGGAGUUCUUCCACCUGAUGAGUUUCCUUCUUUCUCACUGUGCAAGCAAGUGGAAAGGAUCCACUGAUGAGGUUGGUUUGCUUCUUCUUCAAACCUUGUCACUCUUGGGUUACUUUGCGAUAUUUCACCCUGGCAAUCAAGCAGUUCUCCGCUGGGGCAAGAGACCAACUAUCCUUCACAAGGUGUGUGAUCUGCCAUUCGUGUUCUUCAGUGACCCCGGCCUGAUUCCCAUAUUGGGUGGCACACUAGUGGCUGCUUGCUAUGGUUGUGAGCAAAACAGGGGUUUGAUACAACUGGAACUCAGUACAGAUAUGUUGCUUUCCUUGCUCAAAUCUUGUAAAAGUUAUUUAUCUUCUUUAGAGAAUGCAACAACUGAUGAGCCUUUGGUUGAUAAUAGUAAUAUUGCUCCAGCUAUAGAACCCAAGAAAAUUUCUAGUGAUCUUCCUGUUAAAUCAAGCCGACAUAAUCCUAUGAAUUCACGGGCGAUGGUGGGUAAGAGUAGUGUUUUAGGACGGACAGGCAAAUAUGGAAAGGUGAAAAGUUGCACCAGUCAUAGAGAUGCAAAGGGUAUGAAAGUUUGUGAAGAAUGGCCCCCUAAGCGUAGUCUUCCUGUAUCAGAGGUUUCCUCUUCUCUUAUGCUGCAUAGUAGGUUUCCAAGCAGCUUUCUGGAUAGAGCAGAAGAGUUCUUUGCAUCCUGUGAGUAUUGAGUAAGAAAGUCAAACGAGUGAGAGGAAGGAAAAUUUUUGCAUAUGGGACUGACAUGGGAAGAAAACUUUGCAGAUGGAUUCUUUGAUAUGUGAAUAUAUACCAGAAUGUCCUUUGAUGUGAGCUAUAUGGGUUGCCUGGUGUUUCUGCACAUAUUUUGGGUAUGUAAAUACAGAUCUGAUGUGUUGCCACUGAUUUUGUGAGAGUUCUGAUGGGUUGCGGGUUGUCACUGAUUUAGAGAGAGAGAGAGAGAGAGAGAGAGAGAGAG